GAGCUGCCGUGCAUAGUCUGUCUGCGUGUACAUACGAAGCCGAGACUCUAACGAGAUUGAGAAAUUUGCUGAGCUGAGUGCUUCCACUUUAUCAAGGUUUACAGGCAUUUCGUGAAGAGGAAGAAGGAGGAGGCAUCAUGGCAAUGCAAACUGUUCAGCAGGAGUACAUGCAGACUCCACCCAUUACCAGGCUGUAUUGUACAUCAUGUGUACUCACAACACUAGCUGUGCAACUAGAUAUUUUGUCACCAUUCCAGUUAUACUUCAACCCUGAUCUUAUUUUCAACCACUUUGAGGUAUGGCGGUUAAUAACAAACUUCAUGUACUUUGGAGCGAUAGGCUUCAAUUUCCUCUUCAACAUGAUCUUCACCUACCGAUACUGUCGCAUGCUGGAGGAGGGAUCGUUCAGAGGGCGCACUGCUGACUUCUUCUUCAUGUUUUUUUUCGGCGGCACCCUUAUGACUAUUAUAGCCCUGUUUGUCAACCUGGUGUUCCUGGGCCAGGCCUUCACCAUCAUGCUGGUCUACGUCUGGAGCAGGAGGAAUCCUUACAUCAGGAUGAACUUCUUUGGUCUCAUGAACUUUCCCGCACCUUACCUACCGUGGGUUCUUCUAGGGUUUUCUGUGCUGCUUGGAAACUCCAUCAUUGUUGAUCUAAUAGGUAUGGUUGUUGGUCAUAUAUACUACUUCCUAGAAGAUGUAUUCCCAACUCAGAGGGGAGGUUUCAAACUCAUCAAAACACCUGGUAUACUAAAAACGCUAUUGGAUACUGCACCCGAGGACCCCAACUACAACCCCCUCCCUGAAGAAGAGCGACCAGGAGGGUAUGACUGGGGUGAGGAUCAGAGACCACAGAAUGAUGAGGACCAACCACAAGAGAACCAGGACCAGCACUGAUGAAGGCCUGGACUAGCUCUGAUGGAAGCUUGGUGGACUAGUGGUGAUUUAGGACUGCAUUGCUGCUUAUCUUGGAAGGACUAUCAAAGACACCACAGAUGGAAGGAGAUUGGAAAUUGACCAGGAUGUAGAAUGGAUAGAGAUUGAAAUAGGAAAUGUGGAUCUGGAUGUACCUGCAUGUAGUCUGUACUGGAGAUCUUGCCUCAUAUGUCCAACUACCUUCAUGCAGCCUGCAUUAAGUGAUGGACAGACAGAAAGACAGAAAGAUAGAUGCAGACAGAUUUAAAGAUGUAGAGAAGGAGAAAACCAUUGAUGUAAAGAAAGACAGGUAGAAAGGGGAAAAGGGUUUAGAAAAAGAGAGAAGGAUGUUUAAGAAAAUCCUCACAGAGAGUUUGAGACGAAUUUCAGACAUUCGCAAAGAAGGAGAAAGACAGAGGAGAGACAGAUGGAUAGAAAAGUGUCCAUGUCCAUGAUAACAUAAUCGCAGACUGAAACACAGCUCCACAACUUCAAAGACUUCAGGCAUGAUCACAUUGUUGAUGAAGAAGGACUUCACGGUUUGAUGUUGGAUUAGGGAUGUAAUAAAGAGUGGUGGAGAAAAAAAUGAAGGGAGAUCGCAGGAUAGGAGACCAUUAUGGUUGCCAAUUUGCCGUCUUAUAUGAACCAAGGAAUAACUUUGAGUUAAUAGUACUAAAUAAACGAUAUAGAAAUUUUAGGCCCAUAUUCUAUUUUAAAAAUUAAACCUUUUGUUCAAAAUUUGGUUUGAAAAGGGAAGUUAGUCUGAGGUCUAAUUUUGCCUUUGUAAAACGUGAGCUUAGACCCAGAGUUAGUUUAACUGAAUUAUUAGAAUAGGACCAUAUGGUUCAAGGUGGAUGGGUAUAUGUCACAAAUGAAUUGUUAUAUUAUUUCUAUGCCAAAUCCAAAAGGGCAUUAUAAAAUCAUGUGCUUCAUUUUCUUUCAGCAUUACUGCAUGUAUACUAGUGGAAGUAAUUCUCCAUUUUACAGAAGUAGUCCUAUAAUGAUUUAUCAACAUUUAUACAAAAUUUCUUUGGGUAAGACAGCUUCUAGUAUAUUCACAUCUACGUGUAGGUAGGAUGUUUCUGCAAAUACUGUUUAAUAAUCAAGCUAUAGAUUUACAAUAUGUUUUUUAAUUUUUAAGUGGUAGGACCAAUAGGACAUAUCACGACUGUAGAAUACCAGUAUUGGGGCUAUAUAGGAAAGAAAGCUAACAAUGCAUCAGAUCUCUAUGAACUGAAAUGAAUUUCAGAAUAAAUAAACUAUAAUGUGCAAAAACACAAGUUUAAAAGCA